UUGUUAUAAGCAUCUUGGAAAUACCUAUACAUUACACACCUACACACUAUUAUAAUGGAGAUAAUGGAUCAAUGGUUCCAGCCGAAUGAUGACAGUUACCACAAAGCGAUCUACGAGAGCCUAAUUAAUAUAGCUCUGGAGCCCGGAGAACAUCAAAGGACUCCAAUCCCGGUGUUUUGUGCCGCCAAACCCAUUCCUUACAUAGGGUUUGGUGGCCAGUACUUCACAUACAGAUUUGGUAACACCUGUGUUCUUGACUCGCUGCUUGCAGGUCUACACAUUGCUGCUAGUAUGCACCCCAAAAUUUGGGAUCUUUUUAUGAAAGACAAAACUGUCUAUGCAGUUAUAACCCUAGUGAGUAGGUGUAAGUAUGAAGAGGCGAAAGCCCUAUGGCUCAUUAACUUAGAUCUUCGGCUGGGCCACAAAAAAUACUUCACAAGGAGCAACUACAUUGACAUCAGGGGCUACGUUAAAGACCACCUUCCAAACCUUUUGGAUCUGACCAGCGCCAAGUUUCACUACGACGACGAGAGGAGGAGUCCCAAUCCUGAAGAUGUUGUUUACAAAAACAUAGUGAGCAAGUUUGAGGAUUUUGGUGACGUGAGAGUGCUGGGAUCCAGAGGAAAUCCAGAACUCAUUAUUGUGGACGUUGAUGGCCGAAUGGAUGAAUUCCCACCUCCCAUGAUCACUGAUGACUAUGAAAGGGACUUCAGGCUGCAGUUUCUUCUCCUAGGCAUAAUAACUGAAAACUCCAACCACAUGGUGUUGUGCACUAGCCUGGAUGUCGGAUGGUGGCUCUACGAUGCCAUGGAGCCUUCACUGUUCAGCAAUGUCAACUUGGAAGAUAUACAGACCCAGGGUUAUGUGGUUAACCUGGCAGCCUAUGUCAAAGUGUCAGCAAAUAAUGAGAAGCAAGACUGAGCGAAAAGGGGCCACUGGACAUCUUCCAGAACCGAAUGGACCGGACGGCAUGGCGCAGCGCACGGGAACAUCCCAGCUUUGUGCAUCUGUCCAGGACAAGAAUCCACGGUCCUAACGCCUCUCUCUCUCUCUCUCUCUCUCUCUCUCUAAAAUAAGAAAAAUAAAAA